AUGAUUGUCCUCUUUCUUCUUCUCUUCGUUGCGAUUAGUUCACCAUGUGAAACUCCAGUGAACUGCACUAUAGAUCAAGCUUUCGAGUGUUUUGAUUCCAUUACUAUUACAGAAGAAGACUCUGUUAGUCUUAAAAACGCUAUUACUCACGCAUUGGACGCUUACGUGUAUAAAGAUAUUACUCAAAACCCACCACAACCCGACUUCGAUUCAAACUUCUUUCACAAAGUCAACAUCGACGAGAGACUCAACGAAAUAAAGACUGGAAAACAAAACUUUGUGGAGUACUUCUACAAAUUCCAAAGACUUAUUUUCGAUUUACACGACUUACAUAUCAGUAUCUCUCUAAAAAGUAACACACAACAUAACUACUUCAUCGAAGACUUCGCGGCUGUUCUUCCUUUCACGAUGACUAUCGAAACAGACAAAAAAGUCUACUUGCCAGCACUCAACAUCAUCACCGCGUUUGACUUGACCAUGCCUCCAGAAGUCGUCGAGAACGAGAAAGUCGAGGUUGAAGAAAUCGAUGGUCAAACUCCUUUCCAGUACAUCAGAACAUUCGCAGAAAUGUUUGCUGGGAUGAAAAAUGAACACGCGAAAUUCACAUAUGCAAAGGAAAUGUUUGGGAUGUUUAUGAUGAGUUAUGCUCCACUGACUAAAGAGUACUUAGAAACGCCCAUCACUGUUAAAUACAAAAACGGAGUUAAUAUAUCGGUGAACUACCAAAUGAUGAAUUUAGGCGGAAGUAUUAGGGCAACUGAUAACAACAAGAAAACAUCAAAACAAUUGCAGAUUGCACAAAUGAAGGAAUUUAUCGAUAAAAAGAGGAGAACUGCUGGAGCGAAGAUAAUCACCGCAAAGGAUUUGUUUGAGUCUUCAGAAGUGAGGAAGAAAAGAAGUGUCAAAGAAACUGUAUCCGAGUCUAUCAAUUGUCAGAUAUUAGACAUCGACAACGAGAAAGUGAAUGUACUCAAGAUAUCGAGUUUCUCAACAGAUGAAGUAGCUGAAAUACGAUACUAUAUCUCUGCUAUUAAAAGCUGCUUUGAAAAGUUUGAUGAAAACAAUGGAACUAUUGGAGUCAUUCUUCCGCUUAAUGGUGGGGGGUAUCUUGACCUUGAAAGUAUCAUAGAGAAGGCGUUGAGCAAUGAUGUCGAUGUGAACAACUAUGGAAGUGUGAGAUUAAGUGACAACACAGUACUAGCGUUUCAAAAUGGGUUCAAUGACUUAUUUGUAGACACUGAAACGUGCAAGAAUUGUUAUAACAGUAGCACAAUUGGGUCAUUUUAUACAGAACCCGUCACUGUUAAUUAUGGUGAUGUCAAGCAUAUGAGAUCCAAAACGGAAAUUAUAAAAACAUCAACACUGGACAAAUUACUGACGAAGAAUCCAAGAAAGCCGACUGAAAUUGUGUUAAUGUCCGACGCUUUCUGUUAUUCUGCGUGUUCAUUGUUGACUAAAGGACUACAAGAGAAAGGCGGCGCUAUUGUAGUUGGGUACUUUGGAGACCCUGAAGGGAAAUUAAUUGACCACGAUGUCGGACAGUCACCAACAGCAAUUGCCACAUUUGACGAAGUGCUGCCUAAAGCGGAGAAAGACAAAAUGACAGAGAUGGGCAUUUCGAUGCAAUUUGGAUUUGUAGAGACGUACAAGUACAACUAUAACUACAGCGAAGAAGUCCCGCGAGAGUAUUUGAUUGACGUUGUCGACGAACAAAUUUUCUUGGGGAGUUAUGGCGUGACGCGAGUCAACGAAUUUGCACGAACAAUUAAAAGUGUAGCAGAGAAGUAUAGAACACAAUGCAACAAAGAUAACAAAAAGUUGGUUUUACGAAGUGAAUUGUGUGACAGUAAAAUGACUGUUGAGCACGCUCAUGGUGGGUAUGUGUGUGGUGACGAUGGGAGAUGGAGUGAAGUGUGUGUUCCCACAUACUGUGAUGAGAACUACUACUUCGACUUUUUCAAUCAAAAGUGUGUGAGGGAUGUCUGUCAAGCGGAGUCACACUCUUCAUCACAACCAUCGCAAAGUUCAAGUAGUUCACACGAAACAUCAAGUGCCUCAUCAAACACUUCGACUGAGUCUAAAUCUGACGAAUCGGGUCAUUCAACGACUUCAAGUGAGUCAAAUAGUUCGAGUGAGGGUUCUGAGAACGUCAAGAAGUUUGAUUGGAAUGUCGUUAUCAUUUCUGUGAUAACUGUUGUAUUGGUUAUAGUAGUCAUUAUUGUAAUCAUUGGGGUCACAAUAUGCUGGUUAAGAAAGAACAAAAAUGUGGCAUUGGAAACAGGAAACAACUACUCGAGGUUAGAGGAGGUAGCAAUGAAUUGA